AUGACGGUAGUUCUAGACCUCACCUUCUCAAUUUCUGGGGUCAUCUGCAGCUCGUACGAGGUAAUUGCAGCUAUCAGCCGCCAGGAAGAGGCGGGAAACAUCCUGUACGAAGGAGCGACGCACGUGUCUCUGCUGUGGCUGGUGCUGCACGUGUGGAAGCUGGCGGCGCUGACGCUGAGUUGCUCGGCGGUUUCCGCAGAGGCGGCAGCUACGCAGCUGCUGCUGCAGAGGGCGGUCGCCCUCCACAGCAGGCCGGGUCCACAGCUGGGGGCGCUGCUGCAGCUGGUUGCCCUCAGUCCGCAGCUGCACUUCACCGCCGCUGGGUUCGUCACCGUCGACCGCAGCUUGCUGGUGUCCGCCCUGGCUGCGGCAGUUACGUACCUCGUGUUACUGACUCAGUUCAGUGGGAACUGCUGA